UAAGACAUCACAUCAAAAUUCCCCACCCAAAUAUGCCUUCCCAACUCUCCCAACUCGUCUCUCUCAUCGCAAAUGCCACUAAAUUUGUGGAGGACACGUUCUCAAAGGCGGCUGAACCCAAUGUUCCUUCAUUGGAUGACACCACUUCCCAUCCCUUAGACGAUCAGGUGUCGUCUAUGGAGAUGAGAGAAGCCAUCCAGACGAUUGAGGGUGCAUGCGCACAGCUCUGUGCUCUUGUCGCUCGCCCUAAUCGUACCAUGCUCAACAAAAUCUUCGGCAUAUUUGAACCAGCGUGUAUCCGUGUUGUCGUGAAUUUCAACAUCGCUGACCACCUCCUCGACAAGCCAGAAGGCGUCCACAUCUCCGAUCUCGGUGCACUAUCAGGCGCAGAACCUCAGAAGUUGGGCAGAAUCAUGCGGCUACUUGCAAGUAAACAUUGCUUCCGUGAAGUUGACCGUGACGUUUUUGCGAACAACCGUCUCAGCAUGAUGCUCUUAAGCACAAAUGGUUUAUCGCAUUUUUCUGAUUUUAUUACAGACGAAUCGAACAAAGCGGUAUCUGUGCUUACCGAAACCUUGAAGGACACAGAUUGGGGACAUUCCUAUUCGCCUGUUCAUACACCUUUCAAUUCCUGGAGCAAGUACCCUGGCACUAUAUACUCAUGGUAUCAAGACACGGAUAUUGGAGCGGCUAAAGGCACCCGCUUCGGAAUGGGAAUGAAAGGGUGGGGCGACUCUACUGAAAUGUGGGCUGUCGUCAAUGCAUUCCCGUGGGGGUCAUUGCGUGACGGUGCCACUGUAUGUGAUGUCGGAGGAGGAAUUGGCGUCAUCUCCAUGCAGUUGGCCAACGCGUAUCCUAAUCUCCGCAUCGUGCUUCAAGAUGUACCUGCACAGAUUGAAAUGGCGAAGAAUGAAGUUUGGCCAAAGCUAUGCCCAGCAGCUACUGAAGAUGGGCGCAUCGAAUUCAAAGCUAUCGAUUUUUUCGUAGAACCACCCGUCGAAGACUGUGACGUAUACUUCCUGAAAAAUAUAUUACAUAACUGGCCAGACAAAGAAUGCAAAGUGAUUCUACAAAAUGUGGGGAAUGCUAUGUCGGCGAAAAGUCGCCUGUUAAUCUGCAAACUUUUUCUUUCCCAGGUCCUCAGUGACUACAUCAUCGAACAUGUCAAUAAAGAUGAGAAAGACGCCGAGGUGGUGGGUUGCAAGCUCGCACCAGAGCCUCUACUACCAAACUAUGGCGCCGGGCGCAUGACCCAGUACAAUAUUGAUCUGGAAAUGAUGUCCAUGUCCAACAGUCAAGAACGCAGCUUGGAACAUUUUGUUUCUCUCGGCAAGGAGGCUGGAUUACGGUUUGUACGUGUAUGGGACGCGAGGGAGGCUAGCGUCUUCGAGUUUUGUUUGGAGUGA